CGCACGGUAACGGUAACCAACUCAAUGCUGCCGUCAUUUCGAGAGAAAAAAGAGGUACAGUAGCCUAGGGUAAGAUCGCCCAUUAGCCGGGACGCGGAAGGGCGCAUGUCGUUGUCCUUCCUCCCGGUUGUGAAGAAGAAAAGCUUGGUGACGCCGGCGGCCGGCACGGAAUUCAAAACGCUUUCGUGCGAAAAAACGAAACAAAAAAAUGUAGGAUUCUCCGCAGCGCAAGACCGCUUUCCGGGGGCGGAAUGCUUUGCUGCGUGGCGUUCCAAGAAUUAGAAAUGGCGGCAGUUCGCUGGGUAAUGGUAGCAGAAGUAUCCCCGGGCCUAAGGGAUAUCAUGGACUUGUAACCACCUCAAUUUAUUGAUGCCCGUAGGUCAGCGAAAGAGAUCCCUUGGUCACCUCCGACUUGAGUGAAACCCAUCGUGUCGUUGGUCUGAAUAUAGCAACCCGGCUUCCUUCCUAAGCGAGAUUGACAAUGGCCGCUCCCUGAAAACAUAAAAGCGUCACGUAUCACGUCGUGCUCCCUUUAACCGCCAUAAUCCUGUUCCUCCUCCCCACCAUGUUUUACGGUGUGUACUACUACAACAAUGCUUUGUUUGUUUUUCACAAAGGACGACUGGGACGACGAUGACAUGGACGAUGACUUCUGCAACCAGCUGAGAGCGGAGCUCGAGAAGACGAAGCCGCCGGCAAAAGGCCAAGCAAAACCACAACAGUCGUGAAACUGAAGGGAAAGAGCCCGAGAGAACUGCCGCUGCAUGCCUCUUGUCCGGCCGAGCCGAGCCUGUCUUAUUUUUUCUUUUCUGUCGUUGUGUGCAUACGGUAUUGACAAGAUGGUGAUUUUUUUUUGUAGUUGUGUUUUAAACUGAUUUUCCUUUUAUCGUGCCACGGUCUUAGGGUCCGGCGGUAGACAUGAGCGCACAGGCCACUUUUACCGGAACCGGCGCGAAGACAAACACCAAGAUACCUCAGUCGAAGACAAUUGAGCCCCUUCCUGCGGCCGCUAGAAUAUUGCGGUGUGUACCGCGGCGCGCGAUCCGCACGGCAUUUAUCGGGGUUUGGGGUAUUCACAACCGACAUUACACCCUGAUAUCGCAGCUCGAACCUUACGCGAAGAUGGGGUGUCUAAUACAUGCCCCCACACCCCAUUAUCCAUCCGUCCACAUGGUGGGCGCCGUUGCGGAGUCAUUAUGAGUCGAAUUGUGCGUGUCGCACCAUGCGCAAAUAUCGAUACAUCGGUUCUGCGUGGUUCCGAGUGCAUCCGUUUUGUUCCACCAUCUGUCCGAAGUGCGUUUUAGUGCGCCUCGAGGGCCCCUCCUGUGCUGUAGAUUCAACAAGCCUUCUCAUGCUGCUGCCUCGCUGCUCCUGCAAGAGUCUGAAAGACGCGUGUAUGCCGCAUCCAAGGGCAACGUGUUGAAGGAUGCGCAAAAUAUCCCGCACCCCGCAUCAGAGAGUCACGCGGAAUUGGACCAGCUAUUAUUAGCUGUGGCGGAACUCGUACGACCAUACGUGGCUGGCAAGAAGUAGUUGUUUUUCUCCCGCUCUCACGUUAGUGGGGGAGCCCCCCUUCUGUGCUGCAGCACCUACGACUCUCACGUUGGUGCGCACACGAGCUCCGAUUUGCCGAUGCCCUGUCGGGGCAAGUCGUGUUGUUCUGUCCGAAGUUUUACUUCGCCUUUGCCAAAACAAGGAUGGAAGCUUGGAAAUUGUACGCUCUGUGCAGCGGUAGCCGCGUGCGGAGAACUGGACAUACUCCUACCACCGACCGAGGUCCUUUGUCGACACAGUGGCAUGAUGCAUUUUUGCGGAAUCGCGUGGCCCCCCUUGCGAUACCGCGGAGACUUUGGUGAUGGCAAUUUCUCGAAGGAUGAACAACUUGCACAAAGUUCACUUUCGAAGGAAAAACAUUACCGUGUCAAGUGUUCGUGUCUUCCCGCUGAGGAUACUUCGAGCAUCUCCAAACUCAAGCACUUCAUUGUACAUGUCCAGCCCGUGCCAGACCACGUUCCUCUCGUGGAACCUUCAAACAACGAUCACAUGAACACCGCCUCAUCACAAGAAAAAUGCUACCAUAUCUCUCUCUUCAAUAUAUACACAGCGAAUGGAAGCAUGUGCAAUCCUCCAAACACACGACACGCGUAGCUCUCACUCCGUGCCUGUGAACGCAACCUUUCAGAGCGAGUCGAGGAAGCCGGGCGAGCUCCCGCUCCCGCCUUUGGAAGAUGACGCCGUCUCUGAGGAAGAGGGCUCGGCGAGAUCCAAGCCCUCCAGCUGACGAUCCAAGCCCUCUAUCAAUCGGCUCAACCCGAGGUGACCCCCGAGCAAGUGGAUCCCUUCGGCGAUGCUAUCCUUGAGGGACACCAGCCGAUGUCUCGUGUACACGAAAGAACCCUGGGAAGGAGGGAGGGAAGGCGGGGGGGUGUUGCUAUGUCGUCGUCAGUUGAUCCUUGAGUAAGUAUCGUUGGAGAGAUGGGAACCCCGCGCACUGUUGUACUGCUGCUUAAGACACUGCUCUACACUCGGCGCUAUGUGCGGAGGUUUUUGCCACAUUGUUCACAAGACAGCAGUCUCGUGCUAUGUAUCCCCUUCAACUCUGUUAUACGUGCUUUGGCGCGAGGAACAGAGGCACUACUCCGUUGACCGGGGGGAAGCAGGGCAGAUGGGGGGGAGCGGGCGAACCGUACGCAACUCCAAGAGAUGGAUACUUCCUUUGACGUCUUCCAAACGAAAUUGAUACCCGAACAAAUCUUGCAAACCAAUAUAUCAUCCGGACCAGAAUAUACAAAUACAUGUAUACGGGCGCAGCCCUGGCCAAUGCAAAGCGACUCCGAAUCCGCUGAGUGGUGUAUGAAAGAAAUAUACGAUCGGCCGACGAAAUAAUUAUUUCUCACAACGAUCGCCGCUAGUCAGCCAAACAUCUCUACCCCCCGCCUCUGCGGCCCCCAAAACACCGGCCACGUUGCCGGCCAGGCUUUCGUU